AUGCCCAAGGUCAAAUCUACCAAAUUGCCAAACAGCAACGCUGACGUAACUGCGGUCACCAAUUCUCCCUCACCACCACCGUAUUUUCAAAUCGAUGAAAUGAUCGUGCAACGACUCAAAGAGGAAGAAUAUUCGUUAAUUCGAAUUCCUCCCUAUCAACUUACGCUUUCGAUAAGGGAUCUGUUGUCGACGGCUAGGAAGAAUCGUAAAAAUAAGAACAAAUCAAAAGAUAAAAUUCCGAGACCACAAAACGCUUGGGUAUUAUUUCGUAAAGAUUAUGAGGCCAAUCAACGCAUGAGGUUUCCUGACAAGGCAUUAAAGAUGAAAAAUGUUUCAACUGAUGCCGGUAUAAUGUGGAGGAAACAACCCGUAAAGGUUAAACGUUAUUUUGAAAUUCUAUCAAGACUGGCUCAUGAUCAACAUAAAAGAUUAUAUCCGGACUAUAAAUAUACCCCUAAAAAGAAAAUUCCUACCACCAAAGAAAAUACCUUAAAGGAUUGGAUUUUUAAGGAUGGAACUAUUAAACAAUCCGCAAACAUUAACGUUAACGCGUCAAACGAUAACGCGUCCGAAUCUGUCACGCCACGACAAACCGAUGUUCAAUCUCACCAACCAAAACAAUCCGAACCUCCUCAACAUAUUUCAACCUCACCUUCUCUUUCCCCUCCUUCGUCACCCGAAUCUUUGAAUCCUCAAACCCCCUCAUCCACGCAAAAUGUACAUUUUUCAAAUUUUUCGACGGUCACUUCAAUAUUUACCUAUGAGGAAUCCUCAACCAUUUAUAAUUAUCAACCAUUAUCUGCCGAGAAUGAGACUUUAAUUUCGAAUAUCCGUCAAGAUCCUUUGUUUAAUUUAGGCAAGUUUAAGUAUUAUAUCAAUAAUGAUGAUAACAUUGUCGAUGAAAAUUGGAACCUUCAACCAACAACCAUUUGUGAUCAUAAUAUGAUUGAAGAUGUGUUUCCAACCUUUUCUAAUUAUUAUUCCGAUUUCGAUGCGAAUUCUCUUGAACUGCAACAAUGUACGCCCACCAUUAUGCCCGUGACAUUUACUUCAUUAUCAGCUUUUAAUGAUGAUAAUAGUAUUUCAGAUCUUUUGACUGAAUCGAAUUUUGUGGGAAUAUGA